AUGGAUGAGAUUUCGUCUUCCACAAAUGUCACGCAAGAUGUUGGUUCUUACUCCGAUGAAAAUAAAGAAUCAUGGCAACAUUUUGUCUUCCGCGACCUUUCAUCAAUCAAGGAAUUCUAUGCUAAAUACGCUCAUGAAAAGGGAUUUUCUUUGAGAAGAAAUCUGCACUCCUUCUAUGAUUCUCGUAACAAAAAAACUGACAUUGUGCAAUAUGUCCGUUAUGUUUGUAACAAGCAUGGUUUCAAGCAUGGGAGUCGGGCGGAUCCUAAGAACAAGACAAACUCGGAUACUCCUGUUCUCAUUGAAUUUCAGAAAGAGAAAGAACUUCCCAAGGAAAGGACUAGUUGCCCAACUAGUAUUUCGUUGAAGUAUGAUUCCAAUGUUAAAGGUUAUCAUAUAUACAAAUGGAAUGUUUCUCAUAACCACCCUUUCCAUAAACUCGAGCAUUCGAAUUACUUGAGGUCAGCUCGAGAGAUUAGUGAGCCUUAA